AUGUCUACCGCGAAUAAUAUUAAUUUUAAUAGAAAAUACACUAUUUUCGCUAAUUCAGACUAUAGUACCGCAUAUAAUGCUUAUCGUCCAGUAUAUUCAUCCAGUCUCUACUCAAAAAUUUACGCUUACCAUUCUUCACAUUCCUCAUCAUUUUCCACCGCAUUAGAUGUUGCAACUGGUACUGUUUCAUCGCCAAAGAACUAUCAAAGACUUUUCAACAAGUCCGAAGACCUUUCCCAAUUUCAAGAUUCGACAUUUGACUUAGUGACUGUGGGCCAAGCAGUUCACUGGUUUGAUAAUAGAGAAAAGUUUUUUAAAGAGGCCUGGAGAAUUUUGAAACCGAGAGGAACAUUAGCUAUGUGGGGGUAUACGUACCAUGUUAUCGAUGGAUAUCCAGAUGCCACAAAAAAAUUCUUAAAACUUGGGUUAGAAAUAUUACGUGACUAUCGGGACCCUGUGAUGUUAGUUAUAUAUAAUAUGUAUAGAGAUAUUAUAAUUCCUGAUAGAUUGUUCAGAAAUAUCAUUUGGGAAAGGUGUGAACUUAAUGAGAAGGAAGGGAAAAUGAGUAAUAGUGAAAGCUUUUUAAAUGAAGAAUGGAGUGUUGAACGAACAUGGAGUUCUUAUAAGAGUUAUAUGUCCAAGUACCGAAAAGAAAACCAGAACUUAGAAGAUCCAAUUUACAGGCUGUUUGAGGAGCUUAUGGAAGAGGAAGGAUGGAAAGAUGAUCAGAUUUUAAAACUUUCUUGGCCCUUUGUUCUUGUCUUGGCUGAAAAAAAAUAA